AUGAUUACAAAUAAUCAAAGCAAUCUUUUGAUGACAAAAUUGUCACGGUACAUCACCAAUAUAACUGGUUCAGAUGCCUAUUGGUUUAAGGCAAAAGAAGAUUUAAAAGCAAUCAUCCAACAUGUGGGUCCUCCAACUUUCUUUUUCACAUUUUCCUCAGCAGAUAUGCACUGGCCACAAUUACAUGACCCUUUUCAAAAUACCUGUAAUACAAAUGGCAAUGAGAAUUCUCCUGAUGUAAGACGCCAGAAUGUCAUUGAUAACCCUCACAUAGUUGAUUGGUUCUACACAGAACGGUUAAAGAGCUUUAUUAAACAUUGGUUAUAUAACACACUUGAUGCCAAAUGGCAUUGGUAUAGAUUCGAAUAUCAGUCCAGAGGUAGUAUUCAUUGUCACGGUGUUGCAAAAUUAAACAAUGAUCCAGAUUUGUGCAAAUUGAGUGACACUGCACUAAAAGGAUACUUGGCAGAUGUUUCUGAAGAUGAAAGUACACCUGACAGUUUAACUGUAAUUAAUGGGAAAAUAGCUUGUGAAAAAAUCUGCCAAUAUUAUGAUUGGAUUCUCUCUACUUGUAACCCAGAUCCUCCAGAUGAAGGCGAUUGGAUAAAACCAAUUAUUCAUCCAUGUCAAAAAAACUAUAAUGAUAUUAAAGAAUCUGACAAUGACUACAUCGAUUUAUUAAACAUGAUUCAGAGGCACACUCGAUGCAGUACCAGCUAUUGUUUAAGAAAAAAAGGAAAUGAAAAAGAACCCAAAUGUAGGUUUAAUUUCCCAUUUCAACAUAAUGAAAAAACCUCAUUACAAUUUGAACUUAUUCAUUCCAAGGAUAACACACCAAAAUAUAAAAUACAAGUUGUAACUAAAAGGAAUGACUCUAGACUUAACAGUCACCAACGACUUCAGCUUCAAGGCUGGCGUGCAAACUGUGAUAUUCAACUUGUUGUAGAUUACCAGGCCUGUGUUGAGUAUCUGGCAAAGUAUGCAGCAAAGAGUGAAACAAGAUCUCACCUGCUUAAGAACACAUUCAGCGCUAUUGUUCACAACUGUCAGUCAACUGCCGAUGCCACAACAAUGAUAAAGAAAACUGUCAUGAAAACACUAGGUCAGAGAGAUUUUUCUGCACAGGAAACAAUGCACCAUUUGCUUUCUCUUAAUUUUGUCAGCUCAUCCUUCAUAGUAUUUCCUGUGAACUUGAAUGGCUCCCAUAGACUUAACCUGUCUGAUGCACCCAAUGAAGAAGUAACAACAGAUAGCUUACUUGAUACAUAUGCUCAACGAGACAAAUAUCAAGCAGAUUUAAAAUGCAACUUGACAAAUAUGAACUUUCUUGAGUAUUUUGAAAAAGGUCGUGUAAUUGUGGCUAGUGCAUAUCUGCUGAGGAAAAUGUGA